GCUUUGUGCACUACGACCUUCAAGUUUGGUACUAUCGCGUCCGCUUCCUUGCUGUUUCUCACGGAGAAUCUUACCCCUUCCAAGCCUUCCCGUGAGAGGAAAGUUGCAAACGCGGAUUUAGGUAGGGCUUCUUCUUCUUGUUCCCUUUGCGCUGACGAUUUCUCGCAUCGUUUGUUCAUCUCUUGGGUCUUCUUGAUCUGGAAUUCGGCUUUCUCGUGACUCCGUAUGCCAAUUCUACCUGUUUUGUGAGGUUGUAUGCAGACGCUACCUAGCUAUUGAAACUAUCGACGGACAUUAUUGUACGGGCUAAAAUCUGGACUAGAGGACAUUUGCGGCGGAUGGACAGGAGCGAGGAAGAGACGAUCAUGAGUGAUUCAGACCCUCUCCUCGAUAGGAAAGAUCAGUCAGGCUCAUUGCUCCAGCUCUCGCCACCACAGCCGGCAACCGUGACCGUGUUGGAGAUUGAGGAUGAGGAGACCGAUGGUUCUUAUGCCGCAUGCUGCCGCAUUUGCCUUGAGGCCGAGUCGGAGAUAGGUGAUGAGCUAAUAUCACCUUGCAUGUGCAAGGGAACUCAGCAGUUUGUUCACCGUUCAUGCCUAGACCAUUGGAGGUCUGUGAAGGAAGGAUUUGCAUUCUCACACUGCACAACAUGCAAAGCUCAGUUCCAUCUUCGAGUGGAAACUCUGGAAGAUAACUCAUGGCGCAAAAUAAAGUUCCGGCUCUUCGUGGCAAGAGAUGUUAUACUUGGUUUUCUUGCAGUUCAAAUUACUAUUGCUAUCAUUAGUGCAGUUGCAUACUUUCUAGACAGGGACGGAAGUUUCCGGAAUAGUUUCAGUGAUGGUUGGGAUCGUAUCUUGUCAAAGCAUCCAAUACCGUUCUACUACUGCAUAGGGGUUGUGGUUUUCUUUGUGCUGCUUGGAUUUUUCGGGUUGAUAGUGCACUGCUCAUCCUUGAACGACAACCAAGAUCCGUGCUUAGCUGGGUGCCGGAACUGCUGCUAUGGUUGGGGCAUCCUGGACUGUCUCCCUGCUUCUUUGGAGGCCUGCUUUGCCCUGGUGGUGCUCUUCAUCGUUGUGUUCGCUAUCCUUGGGAUUGCAUACGGCUUCCUCGCGGCGACUAUGGCCGUCCAGAGGAUCUGGCAGAGACAUUAUCACAUCCUGACGAAAAGAGAGCUCACAAAGGAAUACGUAGUGGAAGAUCUGCAUGGCAGCUACUCGGCCCCGAAGCUUGAGCCAGAGCAUGAGGAGCGGCUGAAAAUGCUGAAGCUACUGUAGGUGGCCCAUCCGCAUCAAGACCACUGUAAAUCCCGCCUGUAUUGCUGUGGGCCGAAAGAGUGUUUGGUGAGUUGGAUCGACUGUGAAAGAAAAUGCUGACGCGAUUGAAACUUGUAGCUUUCUGAAUUUGGUCCAUGCACCUGGUUCUGAUCUACUAGUUUUCUUAUUCCACUACCUUGCUGUUGCACACAUCACA